CCCGAAAACUUAAACGGACCCAAAGCUUCGAUUAAAUUCUACACUGCCGAAUAUCCAAACUUGGCGUUGACCCGAUCUCAUCUUAUCGGAUCUUUACUCGUUUUUCUCCAACAAACCCACACCCGAUCCUAUCUUUUCCCGUUCCCUUUUGCAAUCCAACUCUCACCUUCUCGGAUCCUCUGAUCGGACUCUUUGGAUUUCCAGCUACCAAAUUAACCUUGGCUUCUGCUUCUCUCCAUACUGCCUUAUUAAAUCUUAUGCAAUGGAGGUCUCAAAUGAAUCAGCUAAUAAGAAACCAAAGAGGUUAACUUCUGUUGUCUGGAAUCACUUUGAAAGGGUUAGGAAGGCUGACAUAUGUUAUGCUGUUUGUGUACAUUGUAACAAGAGGCUAAGUGGGUCAAGUAAUAGUGGAACUACCCAUCUGAGAAAUCACUUGAUGCGAUGCUUGAAAAGGUCAAAUUGUGAUGUGUCACAACUACUUGCAGCAAAGAGAAGGAAAAAGGAAACUACCCUUAGCCUUCCAAAUGUCAAUUAUGAUGAAGGACAGAGGAAAGAUGAAUAUAUUAAGCCCACAGUCAUAAAGUAUGAUCAGGAGCAGAGAAAAGAUGAAGUUAUUAGCCUUGGAAGUAGUAGGUUUGAUCAAGAGCGGAGUCAGCUUGAUCUUGCCCGCAUGAUUAUAUUACAUGGUUAUCCACUGACUAUGGUUGAGCAUGUUGGAUUCAAACUAUUUGUCAAAAAUCUCCAGCCUUUGUUUGAGUUUUUGCCAAAUACCUCCAUUGAACUCUCCUGUGUGGAUAUUUAUGGGAAAGAGAAAGCGAAAGUGUAUGAAAUGAUAAAUAGGUUGCAGGGCAGAAUUAACCUCUCCAUUGAAAUGUGGUCUUCUCCAGAAAACACGGAGUACUUGUGUUUGACUGCACAUUAUAUUGAUGAGGACUGGAAAUUACAGAAGAAGAUUCUAAAUUUUGUUACACUGGAUUCUUCUCAUACAGAAGACAUGCUUUCAGAAGUUAUUAUCAAGUGUCUUAUGGAAUGGGACAUUGAAUGCAAGUUGUUUGCCAUGACAUUUGAUGACUGUUCUGUUGAUGAUGAUAUUGUCCUCAGAAUCAAGGAGCGAAUCUCUCAAAACAGACCUCUUUUGAGUAAUGGCCAGUUAUUUGAUGUACGUUCUGCUGCACAUGCUUUGAAUUGCAUUGUUCAAGAUGCAAUGGAAGCUCUUCGUGAAGUGACCCAAAAGAUUCGAGGAAGUGUUAGAUAUGUUAAAAGUUCACAGGUAACUCAUGGGAAGUUCAAUGAGAUAUCCCAGCAAGUGGGAAUCACCGGUCAGAAGAACUUAGUUCUUGAUUCUCCAGUGCACUGGAACUCAACAUAUUUCAUGCUUGAAACAGCUUUGGAAUACAAGGGUGCAUUUUCUCUGUUGCAAGAGCAUGACCCAGCCUAUACAUCAGCUUUAACUGAUAGAGAGUGGGAAUGGUCAAGUUCUAUCACUAGUUAUUUGAAGCUUUUUGUUGAAAUCACCAAUGUCUUUUCUGGUAACAAAUGUACUACAGCAAAUAUUUAUUUUCCUGAGAUUUGUGAUGUUCACAUCCAAUUAAUUGAAUGGUGCAAGAGCACAGAUGAUUUCCUUAGCUCCACAGCAUUGAAGAUGAAAGCUAAGUUUGAUAAAUAUUGGAGCAAGUGUAGUUUGGCUUUGGCAGUUGCAGCCAUCUUAGAUCCUCGAUUUAAGAUGAAGUUGGUGGAAUACUACUAUUCUCAGAUAUAUGGUAGUACUGCCCUGGAUCGAAUCAAGGAAGUUUCUGAUGGUAUUAAAGAACUUUUUAAUGCAUACUCUAUCUGUUCAACAUUGGUUGAUCAAGGUUCAGCUUUGCCUGGCAACAGUUUACCUAGUACCAGCACUGAUAGCAGAGAUAGAUUAAAGGGCUUUGACAAGUUCCUGCAUGAAACUUCUCAAACGCAGAGUGUAGCAUCAGAUUUAGACAAGUAUUUAGAGGAACCUGUCUUCCCUCGUAAUUGUGAUUUUAAUAUUUUAAACUGGUGGAAAGUUCACAGACCAAGGUACCCUAUAUUGUCCAUGAUGGCACGUGAUGUUUUGGGGACUCCCAUGUCAACUGUUGCACCUGAGUUGGCAUUUAAUACUGGAGGUAGGGUGCUUGAUUGUCAUCGAAGUUCACUGAAUCCAGACACUCGACAGGCUCUGAUAUGUGCAAGGGAUUGGCUGCGAGGCGAACCAGAAGAGCACAACCCAUCCUCUGCUGUAACUCUGUAUCUUGAAGCAAGUUAAUUUUCCAUGGUUGAUGGAUCUCUUGUCGGCCAUAUGCUAUCACCAAUUGGACAUCCUUCUGAAUUUGGUGAACUGUAGUUAAAUUCAUUCUGUGUUGAUAUUUCAGCGAUACUAUGUUGCUAAUUGAGUGGAGUUGCUUCAUGAAAGAAGCUUAAAUGACAGAUUGUGGGGUGGGGUUGACUGAAUGUUUAUGUUGAUGCCUUAAAAUGUCAGGCAGACCUCAAGUUCUUGAUUUAAUAUCUCUAGAUGCAACUGAAAUUAUAUGUAGGCCGCUUUGCUGUAAUUGGCUUCUCAAACGUUUCGGUUUAACGGUUAUAGUGUCUUACUAAGUUUUUUACUGACCAUAAUCUUCUUAAUAAUUAAUAUUAAUAGUUGGAAUGCAAGUCAGUAA